AUGUGUCAUACAUCAUGUAUCCUAGAGGACGCCGGGAGUGUAAGUUCAUACCUUCAAACGGUCAAAACAUGGCUGGAUAGCCAUCCAAAUGAGGUGGUUACUCUUUUGAUCACAAACGGCGAUGGACUUGAUAUCAAAGAAUUUGAUGAUGCUUUCAACGCUGUGAACGGAAUCAAAGACUAUACCUUUCCACCAAAGUCCAAGCUUGCCCUCGGCGAUUGGCCAACGUUACGCGAGUUGAUCACGACUGGCAAACGACUAAUAGUCUUCGUCGAUUCCAAGGCAGACACCAAUAGAUUUCCAUAUCUACUCGACGAGUUUUCAUACUACUUUGAGACUCCAUUCAGCACGACCGAUGAAAACUUCCCUCAGUGUAAGCUUGACCGUCCAGCCGGCGGCAAGCCUGACGGGCAGAUGUACCUUGUUAACCAUACCCUAAAUGUUAACGUCUUCGGUAUCUUCCUCCCUGACCGAUUCAAGGCCGACAGGACGAACGCUGCUGUAGGCCAAGGCAGCAUUGGGGCCCAGGUCGAUUUAUGCAACUCGAUUUACCAUCGCAAGCCCAACGUGGUUCUCCUUGAUUUUAUCACCGAGGGGGAUGUCCUGAAAGCGGAGAGAACGAUGAACGGACUUUGA